UUAGGAGGAGGUAGUGUAACAACGAUGUGGAUUUUACUGAUCUACAGCGGGACUUAUGAAUACCAUCUAAUAUGGCUGUUAAUUGUUCUUUUUUAUUUUUGCCGUCUUACAUAAUCGAGUAAAAUAAUUCCUUCUGCGUCUCAGACUACACUUUCAACACUUGGGUAUUAACAGGGAUAACAGAGAGUAUGGCCAGUUUGCGUUAUUAUUUACUGGUGGAGUUGUUUUUUUCAGGUUUUACAUGGAGCAGCAGUCUAUGCCUCUCUUGCACUGGUGGUUAGACGUCUUCAGAUGCAAACAUAAAAUAAUUCAUUUGUUAUUCGGUGUAGAGCAAUGAUCCAUAUGGAUUUUUUUUCAGACAGCGACUGGCUCAGAGUUACAAAGAAGGCGCCUGGAGAGUGAGAGAAUCACACUGUAAUUAAAAUAAGCAGUACACAGCCUUACCUGUCAGCAUUAACAUGUUUUAUUGGUUCUAGAAAUCUGGAGUUUCUGAAGGAUGACAACAGAGACUGCUGUGAAGGAUAUUAAACCUGGACUGAAGAACUUGAACGUCAUCUUCAUUGUGUUGGAAACAGGUCGUGUUACUAAAACAAAAGAUGGGCAUGAAGUGAGAACUUGUAAAGUUGCAGAUAAAACUGGUAGCAUUAAUAUAUCUGUUUGGGAUGAUGUGGGGAGCCUCAUACAGCCUGGUGAUAUCAUACGACUGACAAAGGGAUAUGCAUCUGUAUUUAAGGGCUGUUUGACUCUGUAUACUGGAAGAGGAGGGGACCUUCAGAAAAUUGGAGAAUUUUGCAUGGUUUACUCCGAAGUUCCAAAUUUCAGCGAGCCCAGUCCAGAGUAUGUGGCCCAGAUGGCUCAAAACAAGAAUGCUCAGAAUGAUGGGACAAGUUCAUCUAAUGGUCCGAAUGCUUCUGGUUCCUCUGGAAAUUCAGGUAAUGAUUCAAAUGGGAAUGGUAGCAGCCUUCCAGCCUCAGCAAACUCCAUCCAGCAACCACAGACACCCUCAUCAGCGAAUAAUGUCAGGAGCAGCACUCGCAGUCAAAUGAACCAUCAGCCUUCUGCCGCUAGUGUCAUAAGCAAUGGCAAAGAGCCAAGACGAACUACAAAGAGAUGACAGUUUGCAAUACUUGUGGUUUAUUCUUAUUUGCUAAUUUCUUUAAAAAAAAAAAAAAAAAGCACUUUUAAUAAACAGGAUUUGUGUGUGUGUAGGGAUACUUGCAACCUGCAGUCGCCUUUUGGAAAGGCAUGACGAGUACUCUGAGAGCUACUGUCCUCUGGUAAUACAUAGUUGUAAGGCACAGCUGUGGCUGUCAAGUAAAAGUUUGUUACUGCCAGACUUUCAGUGUCAGCAAUGCAUCAGCCUGCUCUUUGUGGUACUUAAGAUGGCAACCUAAUCAAAGAGCAGAGUACAACUGCCUCUACAUGUUUAUUGGUAUUAAGCAUAUGUUUUUUCUACACACGUCAUAGAUAUGGUUUCAAAAAUAAAUAUUUUUUUAAGCUUU